CUUUUUUUAAUUCUAUUAUUUCUUCCCCUUCCUGACUUUCCGUACCCUCAAUGGCCAGAAUAAUUAAUACGACCUUUAAUUUCUAGUCUAUAUAAACCCUAAUCCUCUAAUUAAUUCUCGUAUCAUCCUUUUGAUUUCACUAGCUAGAAUUAAAACAUCAGUAAAAAAUAUGGUAGCAAAUGAUGCGCCAUGUUGUGAAACUAUGUUUUGGGUGUAUUUAGCUUCAUCAGUUGCAUUGGUUAUUUUUGCUGGACUCAUGUCGGGUUUAACCCUUGGUUUAAUGUCUCUUAGCCUUCUUGACCUUGAGGUGCUCAUCAAAGCUGGUCAACCUAAUGAUCGCAAGAAUGCAGAAAAGAUUAUGCCAAUAGUGAAGAAUCAACACCUACUCCUAUGUACGCUUCUCAUAUGCAAUGCCAUAGCAAUGGAGGCUUUGCCAAUUUUCCUUGACUCGAUUCUCAUGCCUUGGACUGCGAUAUUGAUAUCAGUCACUCUUGUGGUUGCUUUUGGUGAGAUUAUACCUCAAGCUGUGUGUUCACGAUAUGGACUAGCUAUUGGUGCAAAGCUUUCGUGCAUAGUUCGGUUUCUUAUCAUAGUUGUCUUCCCCAUAGCUUAUCCUCUCAGCAAGCUUUUAGACUUGAUCCUUGGUAAAGGACAUUCCAUGCUUUUACGACGCGCAGAGCUUAAAACAUUGGUAGAUAUGCAUGGAAAUGAGGCGGGGAAAGGUGGAGAAUUAACACAUGAUGAAAUUACUAUCAUAACCGGAGCUCUUGAUUUAGCACAAAAAACCGUCAAAGAUGCUAUGACACCAAUAUCCGAAAUAUUUUCUCUCGAACUCUAUUCUAAACUCAAUGAAGACACUAUGAGUUUAUUAUUAAGCAAAGGGCAUAGCCGUGUUCCUGUAUAUUUAGGAAGACCAGAAAAUAUAAUUGGCCUUAUUUUGGUAAAAAGCCUAAUUAAAUUCCGACCUGAAGAUGAAGUUCCAAUUAAGAAUCUUAGUGUCCGGAAAAUUCCAAGGAUUCCUGAAUGUUUACCACUGUAUGAGAUGUUAAAUUUGUUCCAGAAGGGACAAAGCCACAUGGCAGUUGUUGUAAAGAGUAAAAGUGCUCCAAGUCAGAAUACGAAAGUGAGCAUUUACAGAUCUUCAAGUGAUCCAGCAUCCCAAAAUCCAGCACCGGAUCAAAAUAGUGCACGUGUCUUAGACUCUUUUACAAACCCAGAUGAAGAAAUUAUCGGUCUUAUAACAAUGGAAGAUGUUCUCGAAGAACUUCUACAGGAACCUAUACUGGAUGAAAGGAAUGAAUACGUGGAUGUAGACAACAUAAUGAAAAUCAACAUACUUCCAUCAUCAUUAAGAUCGGGGGCAGCAUCAGCAUCUAAUUAUGAUUGGAAAACUUUUGUGUCAUCUCCACUUCAAUCAUCACCAAUUUCUUCACAUCAUCAAACUUCUGCAAUAACUUCGCCUAUUUCACCAUUUAUCAAGUCACCCUUCAAAAACACAACAUCAUAUACUUCACCUACAAAGUCUACACCAAAUUCUCCGGGCCACAUCAGCAACUCGCCAUCGUCAUAUAAGGUCUCAAGGAAAUCAUAUGAGAAGCUCGAUAAACCUAGUAAUAAGUAG